CCAAUCAACUCAAAUCCGGGACAAAACUUCGCUUUUGUUAAAGAUAUAUUUUACUUUUUACUAUUUUAUUUCUUAUUGCAUUACUUAAUGAGGAAAGCAUGGUUUAAAUGUAAAAAGAGUGAUGCGCCACUUUGUGUGUUGGAUGAUGGAUAAAUCAAGUUCUCCGUAGGUGGCAAGUUAUGUUGAUGUGUCCAUUACGAGUGUUUAUUUCUCGAAGGCUGUUUCGGUUUCUCUGAGGCUUUCCAGUUCUUGCGCAGCGGCAAAAUGCAUGAAUUACUUAAGCACGUACUAAACGAGCGAGACUUGACUCGAGCCGGCGAUUUAUUUGCCAUUCCUGAUUCAGAAAUCGUCGACGAUCUAAAUGAAGUUUUAAAACAAAUAACAGAAAUAUCAUCAAGACCCGACUACUGCCGUAACGACCGAGACCAGGCACUGAUAGAGAUAUGUGUUACGCGCACCACAUCCUGUAUAAAAGAGACAGGGACUCUGGCCAAGUACUGUGCGGCUCUGGUGUCAUUACUUGAGUCCUGCUUGCAUCAUAACUUAAUGCCAGUUGGACAUCUCAGAGAUGAUGAUCCCCCACAUGCUAAAAUUGCCUCUGAUAUCAUAGCAUGUAUUGUUUUGGUUUCAUUUCCACUACAAUCAGACAAGGAGACAAGUGGCAAUAAAGAUGUGAUGGAACUAUUCCUACCAGUUGCUGUGCAGUUCCUACACAAGGGCAAUAGGGAGAUAUCCCGGCAUAUGGCUCGCUACUUAUCUUUAGCAGCGGUGCACCAUGCUCCUUUACUCAAGCCACAUGUGCAGACUAUUAUGGACUCUAUUAUGUCUGGCAACUACCCAUUAUGUCGUAUACUGACCAACUUGUAUGAAGUAUGUCCGGAGCCACUAGAAGGACAUGUUACUGCAUUGGUUUCACUCUUACCUCAUGCUGAACAGGUGGAGAAGAAUUCUCUGUUUGCUCUAUUUGAGCAGAUAGCGGUGCGUCGCCCGGAGGCGCUGAAGACGUGCGUGCCGCAGCUGCUGUCGUACUUGUGCCCGCACACCGCCAGCCAGACCGACCCAUCCUGCAUGUGUAUUGAUCUGCUUCAGCUGAUGGUGUGCCUGAGCCGCAGCCGCGCGGCGCUGGUGUGCGAGCACGGCGCGGCGCUGCGGCGCGCGGCGCGGCCCCCGCACGCCUCGCACGCCGCCAGCGCGCUCGUCGCCACCGUGCUCGCGCAGCUCGGACACACCAGCAGGGAGCGGGCGCAGGAGGCGCUGAACUUCGUGGUGGAGCGGCUGUGCGGUGGAGGCGGGGCCGGGGGCGGCGGCGCGGGGGCGGAGCGCGCGGAGCAGGCGGCGCUGCUGCGCUCCGCCACCGCGCUCUGCUCCGCAUACCCCGCGCUAUUCACCGACCGCCUGCUGGCCGCACUGCGCGCCAAUAACAACAGUCGACCAAAAUCAACGAUAUCGCAUAGCGAAGUAAACAGAACGUCAGGGGGCGUGACUAUAGUGAAACUGGGAGGAGCGACAAACGCUAACGCGGGGGCGGUGAUACCGAACCCCAGUGUGGCCACGCCCCCUGCGCCCGCAGCCACGCCCUCCAACCCGCCCGUCACCACCGGAUACACCAGACGAGCUAAAUUAGGAGAUUCUAGAAGCACAGGCCGCUUGCACACCGGACCUAACUCACACAGGAGUAUGACCAGGCUUAAUGUUGCUGGAGGGUCAGUGGGAGGACUCCAUAAGAGCAUGACACGACUCUCUUCCUCUCAGCAGAUAAAUCUCCUCAACGCCAACCAGCCCGCCGCCGGCGGCGUGGGGAAGGGUAGCAGCGGGGGCGUGGCGGGCGGCGGCGGGGGCGGGGCGGUGCCGGGCUCCCCGCCGCGCGCCCCCCGCCACCCCGCGCGACACCACCACCACAAUAUACUCAUCGGACCAUCCACUUCUACGAGUACGGGCCCAACUAUAAUUUCGGGGCCUCCUCUACAAGCACAAUCAAUAUCAGUGAACCCUCUCACGGGCAAGUCCUCGGACGCGCUCACACCGCUCACCUCCUCCGUCUCCAUACAACAUUCCAACUCGGCGCUGGGACAAAUAUCUGUCAUAUCGUCGGCGCAACCGCUCACAAACAACGGCGCGGCGCCCGCACCCCUCGCACCCCCCGCACCCCUCCCACACCCCGUGUCCAUCUCCGGGCCCGUCACGGUGACGUCACGGCGCGCCAACAACACCAGCGUCACCAUGAUCAACUCCAGCGCGAACGCGAACACGAACACGAACACGAACGCCAACCACCGCAUCAGCGUGUUCGAGCCGUACCCGAUGCGCGACACCGUGCAGCACUUCUGCGAGAAACACCUCGAUAAGAUCAAAGCGUACAUGGACAAUGUGUCGCUGAGGCUGCCCCCGCCGGCCAAGUGCACCAUCGAAGAGCGGCGGUCGAAGAAGCAGGCGCGGCUGCAGUUCGCGUGCGGGCGGCGCGGGCCGCACUGCCUGUACGCGCGCGCCGCCUUCUCCAUGCGCACGCGCGCGCCGCGCGUCUGGAUACACCUCAUGUUCCUCGCGCUGCAGGCGCGCCACGCCGCCGCGCUCUCCUCGCGCGACCCCACCGUCGCCAGCCUCAAGCACUGCUGGGACAUCCUCAAGUGCGAGAACAAGACCUUCCUCACCCUCGUCACCGGCGCCUUCCCCGCCGCCAAGGAGCAGGAGAUGCUGGUGGCCGAGCUGCGCGCCGCCGGCUUCUUCGACGUCUUCGAGCUGAGCGCCGCCCCGCCCGCGCCCGACGCCCCCAACGCGCCCCCCGCGCCCACGCACGCCGCCUGGGGCUGCUUCCUCUGCACGCGCCCCGAGCGCGCCGUCGGCUUCCUCGCCGCGGAGACGCCCGUCAUAGAGGGACAGCUCAAGGAGAAGAAAGGUCGUUGGAGACUCUUCCGCCGCUGGCGCACCAGGUACUUCACGCUCUCCGGACAUCACCUCUCCUGCAAAGGCGCCAGUGGGGGCGAAAGUAUAGAUAUAAACCAGAUCCGAUCGGUAAAAGUAUCUCGGGGUGCGCGGAAUAUCCCUAAGGCGUUUGAGAUCUUCACUGGAGACCAGACGCUGAUCCUGAAGCCGAAGGACGGCAAGAACGCGGAGGAGUGGGCGCAGUGCCUCAGCAUCGCGGUGGCGCACUCGCACGCGCGCGACGCGCCCGCCAAGGCCAACAGUCUGCCCGCACGAGGACUCACCCUCAAGAGCUUCUGAACACCACCCACCAAUACACGUAUGUGCUCAAUUUAUAUUAUCAUUGUUAUAUAAUAAUUGGAAACUUGUGACGGAAGCAAAUGUAGCUCUUAAAUAUAGAGUUGAUACUUUGUGUCGUUACGUUGAUUUAGUUCAAAACGUAGUUCAUAAGACAAUGGAUAUAAACAAUUUAUGUAUUAAAAUACAAUAAUUAUUUUUAUCAUAGAUAAAUAUUGAUUCUCGGGCAACGGUUUUCUUUCAAUUUUUAGAUUAAAAAUUUCAGUAUUUUCAUCACCUAUCUGAAAUGAGAUAGUUUUCUGUAAGUACGUGAAAUAUUACGAAAUGUUGCCAUUUUAGAAGCCUUUAUGCUCUUUAGACAUCGACAAUUUUUAUGUAAAAUGAAAUUGUAUUUUAAUCCCUAUACAAAUAUUAAAUGCUUACGUUGGAAACAUUCAAAUAUAUCAUUCUCGAAUUUAGCAAUAAUACAAUCUUUUAUUACUAAACUUGCCAAAUUAUUUGCCUUUCAUUAAAACGAAUGUACUUAACUAUAAAGCCAUUCAUGUACUUAUAAUAGUUGGUAACAGUUUUUUUUACUUCCAUAUAAGCUAUAUCAAAGAAUUUAUUGCAUAUAAGUUUUAGAAUGAAGUAAGAAUAGUAUAUACAAACAAGAUAUUAAUAUAUUUUGUAUUAGCUGAUAAAUAUCAGUAUAAUAAUUGAUAUUUGAUAAUAGUGGUUUUCCGGGAUAUAUUUGUAUAAUGAAAUAAUAUUAUUACUUAAUUUAUAUUGUAAUUUGAGCAAGCCACCGCGGAAUUAAUUUUAAAUAUAGACCAUAAUCAUGUUUGUUGUUAAAUCUUGUUAUUUACUACAGAAACACUUAAAAAACGUUUACUUUGAACGAAAGUACGUUUUUGUAAAGUUGGCAGUGAAAAUUCAAAGGUCAAUAGUACCAACCUUUUAAUUUAUAUGUACUCUUGUUCUGUUUUAUAACCUUAAAAACUGCAUACUAUUAUAUAAGCAUGAUAUUUAGUUUAAUAUAACAAUGUUUACCUUGUUGAAAGGAAACUAGAAAAUUUCAAAUGUAUUUUGUUUCAUAAAACACUAAGGUUAGUCUAACUUUUUUUUUUAUUUACUUUUUUUGUUUGUGUUUUCAAUUCACUGCCACUUCUAUUCACUAACAUUUUACUUCUGUCAUUAUGAUUUAAGAUUCUUUAAAUUAUUUAAACUAAAAGUCAACUUUGUAACGAAAUGCUCAUUGUAUAUUUAUGUGAUAAAGUUUUUUAACAUUCCAUUUAAACUAAGUCAAAUUAGCGUAUUUUUAAAGGCUGUUUUGAUUUGGAAAUACUAAAAGAAUUGCAAAUUCUAUGUUGAGUUUGAACAAAAAUAAGCAAAUAAACGCCUAGUUAAUUUCAAUGAAUUAUUUUCCCAAAUAAGGCAUACAAGACGGCAUAGUGACAUUGCCUCUAGUAUUUAUGGUUAUGAUACUGUGCAAAAUAUGGGUUUAGUUAUGGAUAGGUUUUACUUAUACAAAUGGAAAUUGCUGUUUGCAUGAAAAAUCUGUACUUAUAUUGUGUUUUAAUGAGUUUUAGAAACUUAUACAUUUCUUGUGUUUAUAUGCUUGUCAAUUUACUAAAGUACUUAAUAUACUGGAUGUUAUAGAUAGGUUUUAAAUUAAGCAUAGUUUUUUAUAUGUAUUGUGUUUAUAUAUAAUGAUGUUUAAGUAAAAAGUACAAUUAAAAAUUCUUAGCAAAAAAAAACUAAGUUUUCUGACGUUUUGACAUGUAAAUUUUAGGUUAUGUAUGUUGUAUCGAAUAUUAAAUUAUUAUGAAAUAAGGGAAAUCCAGAUAUAAAUUAAAUGCAAGUUCAACUUGCACUUACCAGUGCAGACAUUUAUGAGUUAAAAUUGCUGACUGUGUUUUGUGGAAACGUUAAAAAUGACAUUUUCUUAUUUUACCUAAAGCUCAAAGACUGAAUACUGGUCAUAGCUGUAAUUGUAUCAAGUUUCAUUAAAAAAAAAGUUUUAUAUGACCUCUGCGACCUUCAGUGAUGGAAUAAAAACACAAUAUGAUAAUACAAAAAUAUUUUGUAUUCUCUACCAAUAAGAAACUUGUUAUACUCCUUUGAGGCUUUAGAGCAUUGUUAGCAACAUCUAAUGGUGAAUUAUUUAAAAGACAAUUUUCUAUUUUGGAACGUAAUUUAGUCCGAAGUUUAAACAUAAAAUAUUGCAGAAAUCUAGGGCUUUAUUGUUUUGUUACGGGGAUAUUAAAAGACCAUUAUUUUGUAAACAAUUUAUUUUAUUUUUUAAUGUAUCCUGUAUUAAUGGUUGUGUAUUUGCCGAUUGGCAACUUAAAUAUUAUAUAUAAAGCAUAAUAUUUGUAGUAUUUUUAGAAUAACCACCAGUAUUUGAUUAUAUUCAAUAGUGCCAAUGUUUUAGUAUGUGCCCAAUAAAUAUAAGAAAAAUGUUUAUAUAGUCUAAUUUUCAAAUUGCUAUAACAAGAUUCAUUAUUAAUAUGUUAUAAUUCAAUUCAAUGUAAAAAAGGUAUUAUGUAAUAUUAUAUUUAUUUUAUAUACUUAUUGUUUAUUAUAUCAUGUAAUUAAAUCUUUACAGAUAAUAAAUAAAAUUUCAAAUAUACAAGAGGGAAUCAUUGGCUGUUGAAAACACAAAUUUAUUUUUUAAUUUGUAUUGUUUGGGAUUUAAAUUUGUUUUUUACUUAUGUUAAGUUUAGCUCAUGACUUAUGAAUCGGUGCUAGAUAUUAUAACAUAUUGUACCUUAUUACUUGAUAGUGCUUUCAGAUUUAAUUAUGUAAAAAGAAGAUAUUAAAUAAGAAAUAAUUUAUGAACUGUUAUUGCUGCCGUACAUUUCAGUGUCAGUACUUAAUUUUUAUUGUCAAUAAAGCUGUUUCAAAAUUAA